AUGUGUGAAAAAUCAAGAAGAAAAUUUGUAAGAUCGUUACAAUUUGAUAACGAUUCUAGUGAUAGUGAACCACAGAUCGAAAAGAAAAUGGUACAUGUAGUUGAACCAAGGAAAAAGAAAAGAAAAUAUGUAGAAGGCAGUGUUGAUGAUGAUGUAGAUAACCAUGAAUUGGAAACGAAAUCGAAGGACGAUCAUGUUUCUACUGAAUUAUUUCAAACAGAUUGCUCAGAUCCCACUGCAAGUGAGAAAAAGAGAUAUUUUGAUACAUUUACUACAGAGGCCAAGAAAGCAUUUAAAUGUAAAGUUAAAAAUCUUCAAACAUUCUAUUCAAAUCAACAGAACAAAUGCAAUGAGAUGAUUGCCAAUGAGAUCAGCAAGUAUGAAGAUGGUUACAUAGAUUGCAAUAAUGACACAAAAAACAAUUUGAUAACUGAAUUAAACAAUAUUCAGAGAAAUAUGAUUCAAGAAAUGCAGAGGACAGCAAUGAAAGACAUGCAGCAAAACCUCAAAGAAAUGUACUCAAAAUAUUCAGAAAAUUCAACCCCUUCA